AUGCUGGCUGAGCCCCGGCUCCACACCCCCAGGUACUUCUUCCUGGGAAACCUUGCCUGCCUGGACAUCUUCUACAGUACGGUCACCGUGCCCAAGAUGCUGGCCGGCUUCCUCUCGGGGCACCAGACCAUCUUGUUUCCUGGCUGCCUGGCCCAGCUCCACUUUUUCCACUUCCUGGGCAGCAGUGAGGCUGUACUGCUGGCCGUCAUGGCCUAUGACCGCUACAGGGCCAUUUGCAACCAGCUGUGCUACAGGCUGGUCAUGAGGCCACAGGCCUGUCUGUUCCUGGCAGCGGCCACUUGGGCCACUGGCUUCCUACAUGCGCUGAUGCACACGGUCAUGACAUCUCAGGUGCAUUUCUGUGGCCCCAAUGAAAUCCACCACUUUUUUUGUGAUAUCAAGCCCCUGCUGAGCCUGGCCUGUAGCAGCAUCCACCUCAACUUGACACUGCUCAGCUUCGUCACCGGGAGCAUCACGCUGUGUUCGUUCAUCCUCACGCUUCUCUCCUACCUCUACAUCAUCUCCUUCCUCCUCCUGAAGGUCUGCUCACAGGAAUGCAGGAGAAAGGCCUUUUCCACCUGUGCCUCCCACCUCGCCGUGGUGUCUCUAUUCUAUAUGCCAGUCCUUGGUAAUUACCUGAUUGCCUCUUCAGGUUCCCCCUCUGAAAGAGACAUGAUAUCCACCCUCAUGUACAGCAUCGUCACCCGAGCUCUGAACCCCCGAUCUACACCUUGA